ACUUCACGAAACACUAUCGAUAGUUCCAAGCUUCGAUGGUGAGCUAAGGAUCUCACACGUUCUUUUUCCGGUCUAGAGCGAUAUUGGAGUUUCAGAUAUCCUAAACAAAAAUGGAGAACGACGCUGGUGAAUUUGUCGACUUGUACUGCCCACGAAAAUGCUCUGCAAGCAACCGCAUCAUCCAUGCAAAGGACCACGCUUCAAUUCAGCUUACCUUGGCUGAUGUCGACCCUCAAACUGGGCGUCAGACCGAAACCUCAAAAAUGUAUGCCAUCUGCGGUGCAAUCAGGCGUAUGGGUGAAUCGGACGACUGCAUCGGCCGUCUUGCUAAGAAAGAUGGAAUUUUGGCUAAGAACUAUUAAUCAACUAUGAUUGUACUCUACGAGUUUCCAUAAAUAUAAUUCUAUAAAACAAA